AUGAAGCACAUCAAGAAAAGCAGCAGCUCGUCCAGGCUUGUCUGCGGCGACGACCGUUCGGCGGCGGCGUUGAAGGAGAUGGCCAGGGAGCAGUCCCUGGUGACGCAGCUGCGCGCUGUCGUGCUGCCGGCGAUCCAGCUAGCCGGCGGCGAGCGCGCCGAGGUCGUCGCCCAGAUGUUCGAGAGCAUACUGGACUGCUCGGCCAAGGCCAUAGCCACGCUGAAGCUUCUUCGUCUCGAUCAUUCUCAAGUUGAUGAUGCGGUGCUGCCGACGGCGAUGGUGGACGACAAGACGAGAGUCACGAAGAUCGUCACUGGUGACGGAGAGAAGGACAGCGACGACAAUGCCAAGCCCCUUCGCCGUCAGCGCAAGAGAAGGAGAUUAGCCGAUGACUCCGUGGCGCUUGAAACGCCUGUUCCUCACUACGAUGGCCACCAAUGGAGGAAGUAUGGUCAGAAGAUCAUCAACCACACAAAGCAUCCAAGGAGUUACUACAAAUGCACCUACAAGCAAGAACAGGACUGCAGAGCAACGAAGACGGUGCAACAGCAGCAACAAGACGCCGGCGUCGACGAUGACCCCGCCAUGUACGCCGUCGUCUACUACGGUCAACACACCUGCAAGCCCGGCCAGACCGAUGCUGCCGUCGUCGAGACAGCAAGCACCGGUAGGUGCGGUGAAGGCGGGGGAGAGGAGCAUGCACGGAGCAACAGCCAGUGCAGCAAUAUCUCAGUGACUUGCUCUUCGAUUGUCGUUGACCACCACCAGACGACGACGGCGGCGUCCCUCGAGAGCAGUUGCAACCUGCUCGACAUGGCGGGAGACUUGGCUACUCCAGAGGUGAACCAGUAUGAUCAGCUGUUUGACGUGGAUUCGUUUUCGCCGUUGGAUUUGGGGACGGCCUGGGCGACGGAUGUGAGCGGGCAUGGGCUCCAAAAGUUUGGAGGCUGGUAA